AUGGGAAGCGGCUUCUCUAUCAACACACCACCAAAGGUUAUAGUUAUCUCAAACAGUAGCAGCAGGUUUGCUUCCUUCAAUCAGAAUGCCCUUGCUGUCAACUAUAACUCCACAAUCUCAGUUUUUCCUGCAGAAGCAUGUGAAACGAUCGGGGGAGAGACCUGUUUGGCUGACAUGUACCCAGAAGUGAAGCUUCAACCACAAGCCGAAAAGCCCAAGGGCGCUAGACCAGAGGCAAUAGAGAGGGAGUACAUGGAUUACACAGAUUCCAGGACGGUGCUGCAAGGUGAAGCCUGCGAUGUUCUAAGAGGAGAAUUUUGUCCGCAGGCGUACCAAAUGGGAAUUAGCUAG